UCCUGCAGCUAGCAAACAUGAUGGUCAGCUUCCUAAUAUUAAUUCGCUAAAUAGGUUUCAGUCGUAGCAGCAUAUGUUACAGCUGUUAUUUUCAUUAGCCAACAAAUAGUACUAUAAAAUCUUUUUCGGUGCUUUACAAGACUGCAUCAAAUUGCUGUCGUAAAGCUAAUAUUAGUGUAGAGCUACUUCAGUUUACUUAGCUAAGUAUUGAAUGUGUUAGAGCUGCCCCACGAGCUCUCUAUACUUUGAGGGGUUUUUUUGUUUGUUUGUUUUUUGUUUUACCUCAGAGCUGACGUGAUGUUUUCCUUAGUGAGCCUUUGUGCCAGAGAGGUGGUUAGUGACCACAGCUCGUCGCCCAGCUGGCUCAGGUGGGUGCCCAGAGAGCUGUACAGACCGCUGCUCGAGGCCGCCUUCUCCAGCUGUAGACCACUGGCUGUGGGUGAACUGGUUCAGCGAUGGCCGGAACGCACCCUUAGAGUCGGAGGACAGGGGAAACGGGGACAAACUGCUCCUAAUCGACUCUGUAUCCAGGCUUUGUUACUUGCAGUUGUCAGAGGAUUGGCUGAUCAAAGGUGUGCCCUACAAGUGCUGGACCUCUGUGGACUGCAGGGAGAUGAGGGGAGAGUGGGGGACUCAAUGGGAGGCUGGUCUCUUACUGUAGCUCUCUGCACCAUGGUCGUUCAGGCCAGACAUGGCUCACGGAGGGCACAAAGGAAAGAUGGAGACCGGGAGAGGAAACGAUUUUCAGCUAUUGAAAGAGACAAAUGUAUGAAGAGAGAGAAGGGAUGGAGGAAGGGGCUAAAGGAACUGAAAAGUGAUGAGAUGUGCAAUAACAGGGAGAGUACUGGACCUUCAGGUUCUGUAAAUGAAGAGAAGCUGAUUAAGGGAGUCAGGAGGAGAAUGGAGGUAGAGAAGAAAAGAGGGAUUGCAGCAACAUGGUUAGAUGGCAGUAAAAGAGAAACAGAAGAAAAUGUGGUAGACAGUGAUGUGUUGGUGUAUGUGAGAGCUGAUCUGUUCGUCAAUGCCCGAUCUUGGGAGCGUGUUCGUGUGGCUCUGAGCACAUCAGGACCCCUGAAGAUACAGUGCAGAUACCUGCGCGUGGAAGAGAUUUCAGUGUCCAGUAUCAGGAACCUCUUGGACCUGCUUCCAAGCAGGAGUCUUCUGGGUAUUGACAUUCGCUACAGCAGCCUUGGGGUGGCUGGGUUUGCUGAAUUGUUGCCACUACUCUCCACCUUCCCUGCUCUGAACUCCAUCCGCCUGCAUUACUGUAACCUGGACUUUCGCAGAGACUACCUAGGCCAGGAUGAGGCGCUGAGGGAGCUGUCACAGGGGCUGGCAUGCUUGCAAGAAUUGCGGCGACUCAGCCUCACUGCUCUGCGGUUGCCUGGACAGUUGCGCGUGUUGCUCAGUUCACUCCCUCAGCCUCUAGAGAUCCUGGAGCUGCCCUAUUUGAGCCUAAGUCCAGCUGAUCUUGCCUAUCUUUCCUGCAGCCAUCACGCCUCUACUCUGCAGCAGUUAGAUCUAAGUGAAAACCGUUUCGAUGACAACACCCUGCCCUCCAUUCGUCGCCUCCUCUCUCAGGCUUCCAGCAGCCUGCAGCACCUUUCUCUAAGUGGCUGUGGUUUGACUGAUGGCCUGCUGGGGCUCUUGCUGCCCACACUGGGGGGCUGUUGGGCCCUCAAGACCUUGGCUUUGGCACUGAACCCGCUCUCUAUGGUGGGCCUCAUGGACUUGGUGCGGAUGGCUGUUAGAAUGCCUUCCCUACGACAGUUACUCUACCCAACCCCCCUUGAGGACUACCAGCCUGGCCUCCCUGACCUGCCCUCCAGUGCUCAGCUGUUGGAUUGGCCUCUGGAUGAAGCCACGGACAUCAAUAUAACCAGCGGCCAGCUCAAAAGGGUGCUGAUAGACAGUGGACGCUCAGACCUCUUCCUGACCUGUGACCUGCUCAAUUAUGAUAAAGACUUAGUGGACUAGAGCGGAGGUCAGGGGUGCUUUUUUGUUCACUCAUCGAUGUAGCAGAGCAGAUAAACCUGACAAUCAAACUGCCACAUGAAAGAUGACUUUUUAUUUAUACUUUUUAAGCUGUUGUGCCGUUUGUCUUAAUUUGAGCAAUAAGGUUAAUCUAAAGAGGUGACACUGAAAGUGCAUUUGGCUUUUAAAUCAAUGUGUGUUGCUGUUGGCAACAGGAAAAUGAUGUAUAAAAUGGUUACUCGAACAGUAUAAAUAGGCAGGUGGUCUAGUUACACAUGAAUGGUAGGAAGUGAUAAAUUAACAUUCAAUCAGAGUAUGCUGCACUAAUUUAUUUAAGUUACUUUCUGACUAUUAAUGUAAGUGCAUCAUAUGAAUUGUUGCACAUUUUUUUAAACCACAAAUUGAUCAGAGCUACUGGAUCAGAUCAACAGAAUGGUUU